GGAGUGUUUCAUCUGUAAAUUGAUUUUAUCAAUGGGACGACUGGCAUGUUCAAACUGAUAGAGGUUUUCAGAACGUCGAGUCGUUAUCUGAUUUCUGCAUUAAUCCUCCACACCCUGGAAAAACAAGCAGGCUGAGGCACGUCUAAGAAAAACCUUACAGCCCUUCCUGGGAACGGAGGAGUGGCGUUUUCUCCUACGCUGUUUCCUGUAAACACGUCUCUGUUCCCUCCUCAGUAGAUGAAUUGAAACUGAUCCAGUCGUUGUUACUGAGAGCUGAAAUGGAGCACAGAGGACUUCAGUUAGACCGAAGUAACUUCUCCUGUUCCAUCUGUUUGGAUUUACUGACGGAUCCGGUGACUAUUCCCUGUGGACACAGUUACUGUAUGAACUGUAUUAAAAACCACUGGGAUGCAGAAGAUCAGAGGAAAAUCUACAGCUGCCCUCAGUGCAGGAAAACCUUCAUACCAAGACCUAACCUGGAGAAGAACUUCAUGUUUGCUGCUUUAGUGGAGGAUCUGAAGAAGACUGGACUCCAAGCUGACCACUGCACUCGUCAAGAAGACAGGAUGAAAAUCUUCUGUGGCAUAGAGGAACAUAAAGGUCAUGAAACAGUUUCAGUUGCAGCAGAAAGAGCUGAGAAGCAGAAGAAGCUCCAGGAGAGUCGACAACAAAUCCAUCAGAGAAUCCAGGACCAAGAGAAAGAUGUGAAGCUGCUUCAACAGGAGGUGGAGGCCAUCAAUGUCUCUGCUGAUAAAGCAGUGGAGGACAGUGAGAAGAUCUUCACUGAGCUGAUCCGUCUCCUCCAGGAAAGAAGAUCUGAUGUGAAGCAGCAGAUCAGAUCCCAACAGGAAACUGAAGUGAGUCGAGUCAAAGAUGUUCAGGAGAAGCUGGAGCAGGAGAUCACUGAGCUGAAGAGGAAAGACGCUGAGCUGGAGCAGCUCUCACACACAGAGGAUCACAACCAGUUUCUCCUCAACUACCCCUCACUGCCAGCACUCAGUGAGUCUACACACUCAUCCAGCAUCAACAUCCGUCCUCUGAGACACUUUGAGGACGUGACAGCAGCUGUGUCAGAGCUCAGAGACAUAAUGCAGGACGUCUUGAGAGAAACAUGGACAAACAUUGAACUGAAGAUCACUGAGGUGGAUGUUUUACUGACAGAACCAGAACCAAAGACCAGAGAUGGAUUCUUACAUCAUUCAAAAGAGAUCACUCUGGAUCCAAACACAGCAAAUAGGAAUCUGUUUCUAUCUGAGGGGAACCGAAAAGUAAUAAGAAUGAUGCAGCAACAGUUUUAUCCAGAUCAUCCAGACAGAUUCACUGAUUAUAAGCAGGUCCUGAGCAGAGAGAGUCUGACUGGACGUUGUUACUGGGAGGUUGAGUGGACUGGGAGAGGAGCUGGAGUAGCAGUUUCAUACAAGAACAUCAGAAGAUCAGAAGGGUUUGGAUUCAAUGACAAGUCUUGGUCUUUAUAUUGCACCAAAGAUGGUAGCACAUUUUUUAUUGAUGACAUUGAAACUCCAGUACCAGGUCCAGUUUCCUCCAGAGUGGGAGUGUAUCUGGACCACAGAGCAGGUAUUCUGUGUUUCUACAGCGUCUGUGAAACCAUGACUCUCCUCCACAGAGUCCAGACCAGAUUCACUCGGCCUCUACAUGCUGGGAUCUGUGUUUAUAAUGGAUCCUCUGCUAAGCUGAUUAAACCUGAACAGUCAUUAGUGACCUGAGGUCCAGUUGGUUUCAGUUUCUUUUGUCUCCAUCAUUGUUGUCUUUUCCUCACUGCUGAGAAAUGUGUCAUCUUGUUAAUGUUGGAGUUUGUUUAGGUGCUGCCCCCUCCUGUUUCUGUUCAGCCAUGGAGUUGACCAAGCUUCACCUAAAAUAAUAUCCAUGUUUAUUGAACAUAGUGUAUAGAAAGUGUUUUAAGAGAAUGUUCAUAAGUUAAUGAUAAAAUUUGCUCAAUCGACUGACUGAACUGAUUGAUUGACAUUUAUAUUUACUGCUUUGUCAGAUCAUAUUUUGUUGUUGUUGUUCAAAUGUAAACUGUAAUUAUUAGCAUUAUCAAUGAGUCAUUAUUUUAUUGGACAAAGAUCAAAGUGUGUCAAUAAAGUCGUUUUGUGACUCAG